UAGUUUAUCAUCCCAUCAGAGAUGAUCAGUUGCUCCUAGAAACAAUUAAUAGAGCUUUUCUAGACCAUCAAAUUGAAAAAUCCAGUUAUUCAUCUAAUUGGGUGAAUCUAUAUUUUCUUAGCAUGCUAGCUGAGACAGUGAUGCUGCUAUUAGCUUCUUUAUUUAUUGAUGUAUUUAUUUGUUUUCAGUAGAAGUUAGAGUGAGAUUUUUGUAUUACCAUGAGUGAGAGUGAAGAGGAUGAACCUCCACAGCUGGUGCUGGUGGACCCUGAGCUGCAGUCCUUGAAUGUGAGAGGAUCCAUCGACGGAGCAGCAAACAUGUCCGCAAGUCCGUCUGUGAGCCGAGACGAGCGCGUGCCGGUGACGCUGCUCACGGGGUACCUGGGCGCUGGUAAGACCACGCUGCUCAACUACAUCCUCAGCGCCAGGCAUGACAAGAGGAUUGCUGUCAUCCUUAAUGAGUUUGGUGAAGGCAGCGCCCUAGAAAAGUCUCUGAGUGUUGGUCAGGAUGGCGACUUGUGUGAGGAGUGGCUGGAACUACGCAACGGCUGCCUAUGCUGCUCAGUCAAAGAUAAUGGCGUCAAAGCCAUCGAGAAUCUGAUGAAGAAGAGAGGCAAGUUCGACUACAUCUUGCUUGAGACCACUGGCUUGGCUGACCCUGGUCCCAUAGCACAACUUUUCUGGGUGGACAAGCAACUCGAGUGUGACCUCAAGCUGGACGGGAUCAUCACGGUCCUGGACUGCAAGCACGCAUUGCAGAACCUCGAAGAGAAGAAACCCGACGGCGUCAUCAACGAGGCGCUGAGGCAGGUUGCCCUGGCAGACGUGCUGCUGCUGAACAAACGGGACCUCGUCACGGCUGACGAGGCCGAGCGUCUCGCGCGCGUCGUCGUCUCUAUCAACUCGACGGCUCGUCUCAUAACCACGUCGCGGUGCCGAGUAGAUGUGAGUGAGCUGCUGGACAUGAAGGCCUACGAGAGUCUGGAGGAGAGCUGCCAGAGCGACCGCGUCGCGCGCUUCACAGCGCCUGCCCCUCAUAUGGACCUCAAAGUUGGGACUGUGAGCCUGGAGUGCCCGGGCAGCGUGACGCAGGCUGGGCUAGACUCCCUGCUGGCAGCGCUGCUGUGGGAGCGCUCCCUCACCGACGCCUCGGGACGACCUGCCAACAUAUACAGGAUGAAGGGCGUAAUGUCGGUACGGGAGGAGGCGUGCCAGGUGCUGGUGCAGGCCGUGCAGGAGCUCUACGAGACGGACCUGGGCAGCGCAUGGCGGGAGGGCGACGUCAGGUACUGCAGGCUCAUACUUAUAGGUGAGAACUUGGAGAAAACAGCCCUAGAAAGAUUCCUCGCUACUUAUAUACAAGAAGAAGUUCAAGGUCUACCCAUGGAUGCGUCGUGACCAGCGCCAUCAUUAACUAUAAUUUAGGUUUAUUUUCUUUACUUAUAAUCUGGUUCACGUGUCACUGCAAAGUUUCGUUGAUUACGCUAUGCGUUUUUUUAUGUUAUUUUCAUUCAAGCCAGAUAAUUUUUUGCUAUUUCAUAGCGUCUUCAUAGAUCUAAAAUUUUAGUUCUGACUCGUUAAGAAUUACUCGACUACAUCCAAAACCACUCUUUUUUUAAAUCGGCUUUCCAUUAAGCUUUUGAUGCCUAAUGAAUUUUUUUUACUGGCGUCAUUUUCUGUUGCUAGGUGAUAUUAGUCUAAAAUUCGUUAAUACUCUGCAUUUUUUUUUCUAACUGUUCUAUGAUGAAGUAGCCCCUGCUAGUAUGUCAUGGUACUGUGUUUUUGACUUUCCGAGUAAAUUUGGCUGAAACUGCUAACUGCUUCUUUUUCAUGAUAUAUCCAUGUUGAGUAUGUAAUAUUGGUGAUUGUUAUAACUUGAGGUUCAAGAUUGUACGUUUCCGUCUAAAGCAGCCUCAUUAUGCACAUGGAAUUUAGACCCAAACUUAAAAUUGUAGAAUUUCGUUCUGAAACUGUAGGAAGUCGUAAGACAUUUCAUCUAUACUCUUGCCUGUUAUUUUUUACUUUGCUAUGAAGGAAAUAAUCGAGGCAAUCAUUACUUUUUCAAUAAUUCAGCAAGUUUUCGCCUAGAGUGCGCAGUAAACCCCAGUUUCAGCAAAUGCGCUCGACGACUCAUUUCUAUUGCUCAGAUACACAUUUUGAUAAUCUGAUGUGUGUGAUUUUUUGUUUUAAAACAGUGUGAAAACUGCCUUUGGACUGAAUUUUAUUGCCUCAUUCUUCUACGUAAGAUCGGUUCUAGUUUGAAUAGCAGAGUUAUUUCAUAGUGAAGUAUUCGAUAAGCUUGAUAAUUUAAAAAAUAAAUGUACCGACGUUUAA